AUGUUGAAGACAAAGCGCGGUGACCUUGGCGCCGCGGGGACGAGCCGCGGACCGCUUUCGGCCCCCACCGGACCCGCGCUGCCAAUUCUUAUAAAACCCACCGCGGCUUAUCAAAUGUAUGUUAGUCACGCACAACUAUCCCGCAUCAAAAUGUUCGCUAAAAAUGUUGAGGUGAUAUUUUUGGAAAAUGGUAUACUGACUCCUUUGAUUGUGCAGAUUCUAGCUGUCAGCGCGUUGGUGGCUGUUGCCCGCGCAGGUCACCUCGGCCACGGAGGCUACACGGUGUCGUCGCAGCACAACCUCGUGCACCACGACACGCACUACGCAUCAGCUCCCCUUGAGACCUAUGCCCACGCCACUCCUCUGGUCCACGCCGCCCCCAUUGCCCACGCUCCCAUCGUUCACGCUGCCCCCAUUGCCCACGCUAUCGCCGCUCCCGCUCAUGGUGGUGAAUACUACAGCCACGGACAUGAGGACUACUAUGCUCACCCCAAAUACAAGUACUCUUACUCCGUUGAGGACCCCCACACCGGUGACCACAAGUCUCAGCACGAGGUCCGCGACGGUGAUGUCGUGAAGGGAGAGUACUCUCUGCUGCAGCCUGACGGCUCUUUCCGCAAAGUGUCCUACACCGCUGACGACCACAACGGUUUCAACGCGGUCGUGCACAACUCCGGACCCAGCCAUCACUUCUACUCGUCUCAGCACCACCAUUACUAGAUCUCUGUCGCCAAUAAUUAUUAAAGCCACAAUGUACCUUAUUUAUAUUUGCUGUGAUCUUCAUAUAUGUACCUACGUUUUAUAAUUAGUUAUUAAAAUUAACUUAAAAUUA